CUGCAGCAAAACGAAACUCCGGUCCAGUUCGCAAGCGGGAAACCCGUUGAAGACAUUGUUGUGCAACCCGGGAAUCAAAAGGCGAAUCAUUAUUUUUCACUCGCUGACGACGUUUCCUCAACUUCGGUUGCUGACGAUAAUGAUGGUGACGACGAACGAGAGAAAUCUGGACGCGUGAUGAACCCGGAUCCCGACGAUCUAGAGAACAUCUCAAAAGAAAACGAGUCGAAACCAGCACCGAGACCAAAAAGCCUCGAAACGUCUGACCACCAGCAGUUACUGAUUGAAAUCGGCAAUCGCAAAACGAUCAAAUCUCAGCCAGGAAAUCUCGGAAAGCGUGUGAUGUUUUUCACACCUUCAAAAACCAAAGUGAACAAACUUUUGACAAAACAGUCGAAAGCAACUCGCGAAAAGUUUCCGUCCCGCCGCGGAAAUGACGACUUAUACUCCCAAACUGAAGUUUUCGUCCAUGAUUCGAUGUCGAAAACGCUUCCGCAUAUGAGAGGCAUUAUCCGAAACAACCGCAUUCGGUCUUCAUCAGCAUCAGUAGCAUCACGGACAGCUUCUGCUGUUGCGGCCCAAAGAUUCUCCACGAGAAGAGAUGUCAGCAUACAUGUUGCAAAUGGCAGUAAAGUCUUUCCUCAAAAGCAUCGUCAACAAUAACAGACGAUUCAAGCGAAAUGUGGUGUAUUGUCGUUCCGAC